AUGAGUUCCUAUCAGUUCGUGAAUUCUUUAGCGCAAUGCUACGGACAACAAGGACGAUCCGGUGAACAAACUCAUCAGAACCCUGCUCCUGGAGGUGAUUAUUACAAUCCUAAUGCAGCUGCAGCUUCUAGUUACCCGCCUGCUUGCUACUCUCCUCCUCAAGUAGGUCCGCAAUAUCCCCCGCAUCCAUAUGCUACACCUGCACCAGGCCAUGGGCUUCAACCCACAAUGGGAGACUAUACUCAGCUCCAGCCACAACGAAUUCCUGGUGCUACAAGCACACACAUGCACCAUGCAAGCCCUGGUGGCCAAAGCCCUGGAAUGCUAAAUCCUUCGGCUAGCUGUAAGUAUGCUGAUUCGACCUCCUCGACAGGUGUAGCAUCUCCACAAGACCUAAGUACUAGUGGACCGCCGACAAGAGCCACUCCUCCUCUAAAUAGUACACAAACGAGUAAUAAUUCUAACGCGACGAUUACUUCAAAAAGUUCGGGUCUAACAUCUCCUUUAUCGGUCAGUACUUCUCCCACUGGAAAACCACCCACGGGAUCUUCAACAGCUUCGCAAAAUUUAUCUUCACCAGCUUCGAGCACGAGCUCCACCUCGAGCAACGAAAAAUCCGGAUCAAAUAACAACUCGAAGAGCGGGAGUUCCUCGAAUCCACCGCAGAUUUAUCCUUGGAUGAAAAGAGUUCAUCUUGGACAAAGUACUGUGAACGCCAACGGAGAAACGAAGCGCCAAAGGACGUCGUACACUAGGUACCAAACGUUAGAGUUGGAGAAAGAAUUCCAUUUUAACAGGUACCUGACGAGGCGGAGGAGAAUUGAGAUAGCCCACGCUCUCUGCCUCACCGAACGACAAAUAAAAAUAUGGUUUCAAAAUCGGCGGAUGAAGUGGAAGAAGGAACACAAGAUGGCCAGUAUGAAUAUCGUUCCUUAUCAUAUGUCCCCAUAUGGUCACCCUUAUCAAUUUGAUCUGCAUCCUAGUCAGUUUGCCCAUCUUGCAACUUAG